AUGGAGUUGGAUCGCUACCGACCAGAGCCUGGAUCGUCCGAACAAAAUGAUAAAAAUAUUUUCUGGCUGCGGACAAUGUCCACCUCACUAGGAAUUUGGCCGGAAAAGAUGGUGGGCGAGAAUAAAAGCUGGUGGAAUCGAUUGUACUACUUCAUGAUCAUUAUGCAUUGGUACAACACCUAUCUGCAGGUGGAAUUUUUCUGUGCCAAUAUGGGAGAGCUGAAAACUAUUACGGAGGGCCUGUGCUCCUUCUGCAGCAUAACAGUCACUGGAAUCAAGAUAAUGCGAUUGCAUAGUUUUUCAGAUGAAAUUUACAUGAUGCUACAACAGAUGAAAGGGCACGAAUUUUUGAAAAGCAUCAACUUCUUGAAGAAAGCCAACAACAAAGAAAUAUUUACCAAAAUUGAUAAAAUCAUGAAAGCCAAAUGGAGAGAGGUUAAUCUCAAUCUCCGCCUUUACUGCAUGUCGGUUGGUGUUGUGGCCAUAACAUACUCAAUAGUGCCGGCUGUAAUCAAUCUGGUCAAUCUGUUUCAAGGGAAUGACAUUCCCAAGCGAUUUGUCUACAAAACUUACUAUCGAUAUCUGGAGGAGGCCAAGUACCAGAGUCCACUACACGAGCUACUUUUCUGCUCGGAGUCUCUGUCCGGCUUCACCACCUGGGCCGGAGUCGUCUCCUUCGAUGGGCUCUACGUACUGCUGACGAUGCAUUUGGUCACGAUGUUUAGCUCGUUGAAUUUAAUUAUCAAAGAGGCCUCCAACGUUGACUUCAAUGACGUCGAAAAGCAAUUCUUUCUGCACGAAUGUAUCAAGCAUCAUACCAGGGCAUUGAAGUUUUUAGGCGGAAUCAACCAGAUUUUCUCACCAGUCCUGGUGGCUCAAGUGUUCACAAGUACAUCGAUCAUUUGUGUGAUAGCAUUUCACACCAGUGCUAAUGCUAGUGAGCGCGAUUCCCAAACCUUGGUAAUGAUUCUGUAUUUGAUCGCGGCGUUCUAUCAAUUGCUCCAGUUCUGCUGGUACGGACAAAGAGUCCAGAACGAGAGCUUGCAAUUACCCAACUCGGUGUACGAGUGCGAUUGGUACAAGUGCUCAAAAAAGUUCAAAACCACGCUGCACAUUCUGCUAUUGGACGUGCAGAAAACGGUGGACAUAAGUGCAUACAACAUGUUUGUGAUGUCACUAGAAACAUAUUUGUCCAUCGUCAAAACCGCUGUAUCGUAUUUUACGGCACUUCAAACUUUGACAGAAGAAUAAAGGAAUACAUUGCCCAACAAAUUUGCACAAUACAUCACGAUCAACAAAAACCCUUUUAAAUUUGUG